AGUUCGCGGCAAAAUGAUUCAAUGCCCUAGACUACUUCCCAUCCUCACUUAAACCCAACUCUGAAAACCUGAGAGAGGCAUUUCCCUCGAGCUCAAGUUUCGACUCUCAAAUGGCGAUUUCGGUUUGAGACGUUAGGGUUCCUCUUCGACGCUUCACUGCAUAUACAAUGUUCGGAGCUCAACAGUCCUCAUCCGCCUUUGGCACUCCACAAUCAACUCCGGCCUUUGGCACUCCGCAGACAACUCCGGCAUUUGGCACUCCACAAUCGACUCCAGCAUUUGGCACUCCACAAUCGACUCCAGCAUUUGGCACGCCGUCGUCCACUCCUGCCUUCGGAACUCCAUCGGCAUCUCCCGCAUUUGGAAACCUUUCAACUCCUGCGUUCGGAACUCCAUCUACAUCGUCUUUUGCCACCGGCUUCGGUUCGUCUCUCUUCUCCACUCCAUUCUCUUCUCAGCCUUCACAACAGCAGCAAUCGCCGCUGUUUCAGCAGCGAGGCGCCACAGGAUUCGGUUUCCAGACUCCGUUUGCAGCGCCUCAGUCCAGUCCAUUUCCAAAUGCUCAACUGAUCACUCAGAUGGCGCCGGUGGCACCGCUUCCUUUCUGCCUGGCUGAUCGAGAUAUUCAAGCAAUUGUUGAGGCAUACAAGGACGACGCAGGAAACCCUAAGUAUGCUUUCAAGCAUUUGUUGUUCAGUGUAACUGAUCCUCAAUAUAGGGCGAAGCCUGCAGGUGUAUCGGAUACAAUGUGGGCUGAGGCAAUGGCAAAACUAGAAGGCAUGGAAAGUGCGGAUAGAGAGCGAUUGUGGCCACAGCUUGUUCAAGGUUUUAAGGAUUUAUCUCAGCGCUUGAAGAUUCAAGAUGAAGUCAUUCUCGCUGAUGCUGAGAGGCUGCGGAUGACUCAAAGCAAUGUCAAAAUGCUUCAGAGGCACUUUCUAGCUGAUACUCUACCAUGGGUUCAAAGAUUGAAACAGAAGGAGCAAGGUCUUCAAAGGCGUCUUUUGAGAGUCAUGAGAAUUGUGGAGGCACUAGAAAGUAAGGGUUGCCGAGUGCCUGUAAUGAAAGGAGAGGCUGAAUUGGCAGAGAAGUUAAGUUUGAUAACGAGGCAGUUCAAAGAAUCUGGGGCAGAGCUUUCAAGAAGGGUGCAAAAUUUGCUUAUGAUUACUCGUGGCCAACCAAAUGGCUCCGGUGCUGGUAAUUCCAUCUAUCUUCAAGGAUCUGCAAAAAUACACGAACAGAGUCUUGCUGAUAUGCAGGAGGUUUUGCAGCAGCAGACGGAGGCCAUUGCUAGACUUGGAACUGUGUUAAAGCGAGACGUUAGAGACAUGAAAAUCAUAAUGGCUGAAGACAAAGAGAUGACAGAUGAUCCGAGUUAAAGGGGGGAAUUGAAUUCACAUUUCUAGCCAUUGUUUUGCUUUGUCAUAUACUUUGCAUGAUUUUUCCAUCCAAAAUGCAAAAUUAAAAUCCGUUUUCAAAAUUCUUAUGUACUGCCCAAGUAAUUUUGGAACUGCUGGCCGACAUCUGUUUUGAGAGAUGCUGGUUGGUCAGUACCUUGUUAAGGUAGGUUCAACUUGAACUGCUUAAUACCCAUGCGAUUUUGAAUCAAUGCAGUGUUGAAGGCUGAGAACUGUAAU